AUGCCGAGGACUAAGUUCUUGUGUGAUAUUCUCGAUGAAUCUUUUUAUCAUACUUCCUACAGAGAUAGAAGAAGCGAUGUACGUUUGCGCUCAUGUGUCUUUUCUUUAUACGCAUCUAGCCGAGAGCUAAGCAAAGUCCUCUUGCAGAGUACCACUCUUUACAUUGGGAACCUUUCCUUUUACACCAGAGAAGAACAGAUUUGGGAGCUUUUUAGCAGAGCAGGCGAAGUAAAGCGUGUCAUAAUGGGCCUUCACCGUUUCGACAAAACACCAUGCGGAUUCUGUUUCGUAGAGUAUGAGGACCGCGAGGGCGCGGAGAUGGCAAUGCGUUAUAUCAAUCGAUGUCGAGUAGACGAUCGAGUUAUCCGGACUGACUGGGACGCAGGUUUUAUUGAAGGUCGGCAGUAUGGUCGCGGCAGAAGUGGAGGCCAGGUACGGGAUGAAUUCCGAAAAGACUAUGACGUGGACAGGGGUGGAUACGGCAAAAUUGUGGAGAAAAUGAUGCGUGAUUGA